AUGUGUUGGGAAGAGCUGGAACGAGCUAUCCAAAGCGAUACUGGCAACAAAAAGUCUAGCUUUAUCCACCAAUGGCGAUCGCGCAGGGAGUUGGACCUAAACAAUUACAAGCGUUUACCAUCACACAGGCAGGUCUCUAGGCUGUUUAAAACCAUCCAGAAUAGCUCUGUAGACUACAAGUGGGCGGCUGUUGACCUUGUGGUGGAGUGUCUGAGCGGAUCAAACCAAGCGUCAGAAUUUGAAUAUGCAAGGAUCGGAAUUUGGCGCGAGCUGAUGAAUCUUUCAAUCUGGGAAAACCCUACCCUUUUCGAGCCACGCAUAUUUCGAACGUUACUGGAUUUGAGUACAAGUUGCGACACACCAGAUGCCUGGAAAAGUAUUGCGCUGAUACUCGGGAUUGCUACCAGACACAAAGACCGCUCCAUACCAAUACUGGCAUCGCAUUUGCAAAUGGGGUACCGUUGUAGUCUUUCUCGCAAGCUGGAUAAAUCAUCAGACUUUCAAUUCGCCAUGUAUAUGGUUAAACUGUUAGUAUUGAUAUUCCCCAAAAUUCCAAUGACACCUGUUGAACCGGACCAGGAGACGGGCCCCCAGUUCUGGGAUGAUUCGCGUAGAAAUAAAGCUUUCUUUAACGAUCCCAGAUAUCCUAACAAUACGGGUGACGAGAAACACACGCUGACUGAGUUCGUUCAAAAAUGGUUCGGACCGUUCGCAACUGUUGGAGCCGUCAAAUCAUUUCGGUUCACGUCGUUGGCCAACCCGAGCCAGUUAAAGGUAUGCAAAAACGUGGAUUAUUUGCAAUAUACCAGAGACUUGCUAUAUUUUUGGCAGGAUGAUGGAGACGUUGUAGAGUUUGAAGUGAAGAAUUUUGAUAGCAGCGUCACACCCACUGGAAUCUUCAGACUGAAGCUCAAAGAUUAUACAGGUAUCUCGUAUUUCCCAUAUGGCCAAAAAUCGACCAAAUCUUGGACAUCUGCAGCCCUUUUUGUUCUGGAGUUAGUUGACGAGACCUUCGCAAUAAAAGCGACAAAAAGCUGUCGUAAAUGCAAGGUGAGUGAAGCAUCUUCGUUUAUUUCUUUGAAUGUCAAUACAUCGAGCUCUGGCCAAACCAGCGAGUCACAAUCUUUCGCAUCUGCUCCCCAAUCUUUAGCAAUGAAAGAAUCGGCAGGGGCCCUUGGAUCGCUUGCUAACACAGAGCCGCCUAAGACAGGCUUAAUCACAAAUUCUCAAAAACAUCAAGUAGCGAGUGCUGUUGAAUUGCCGAGCCCUGUUAGUAAGCUCAAGACCAAACCGCUUAAACUAACUUUUCCAAAAUUCAAAAUAAAGAAGGGCAGCCAGAAUCACGCAGCACCAAUCGAAGAGGACGAGUGGGACUUCGACGCUUCGAGCCGUUCGAUCCAUGGUGAGAAAAUAUUUAUGUCUCCACCACCAGUUGGUAACAACGGAAAGAUGAACAGAGACGUAAAUGCAUAUCCAAAUGAGGAACAAUCGCCAUUGGUAUUAGCACAGAAUCGUAAACAAGCAAGAGCCAAUAAAAAGCUACAAGACCAAACAAAGAGCAAGCACGACACCGAAAACCCCACAUCGAAAUUAUCCAAAUGUGUUUCUCUAGAGGGCGAUUGGCCCAGCACAAAACGGUCUAGUCUAAACCAACAAGUUUCGUCCACGAAGAAGCAAGAAGCUAUGGCCGCGAAAUCCAUCACUAAGCUAGAUAUUCUGCAGUUGGACCGCAUCUUUGGCGAUAUGGAAAAUAAUGCUUCGUGUCCCAAUUUGAAAAGGCUCAAGGGUCCCGUCAAGAUUUUAGAGGAAGCUGUACAUGAAAUUGAAACAGGCGACGAGACUAGAGCAAGUGGUAAAAAGCGGAAACCGGCUAAACCCAUUCGGGAGUGUCCUGUAGGUGAGAAGAAGAGGAGAGUCGAAAAGAGGGCAGACGAGUACGAGACAAGGUCACCAAAAGAGUUACCUUGGCAGUCCAAAGAAUGUGCGGCGGUGACAAUACGCGGAGAGCUUAAAGGCGCUGAAAAAGUCGGGACUGCUGCCGCUGAGUCUACCAAUCUUGAAUCGACAACCUUGGCGACCCCAAUAAAAUCUGCUCAGCCUUCAUUGGGCGCCAUGGAGCUACUGGGUCACUCGUUCACCCACCAGCUACAAGAGCAGAUCUUCAGCUCUAUCACCCAGUUUUCAAGUGAGCUCAGUCGCAAGAUGAUGAUCAUCAACGAAGAACUCUCGCACAAAAUAUGCCUGGAACUGUCACAGAAGUACCAAAAGAUGUUUGACCAGCUAAAGGACAGCUUUCAUCAAGAUAUUUCCCAAAUGUCGCAGUUCGUGGGUGACAUUAAAGAUCUCUUGCAUCUGCCAGAGGACGAGCUUGCUAGGAGAAUCCGCUCGAAAAAGUUUAAGUAA